CCCGAUCCCCGGCGCGGCGCAUCCUUUCCUCUUCCUUGCGGACGGAGCUGGACGGGAGCAACACGCCGUAUACAGAUGAACGUGAGACAUUGACGGCCGCUCGCUGUUCUUUUUUUUCUCAUGCAUGAUGCUGACGGAUUGCUAGGAGCCCGGGGGAGCGCCGUCAGCCGUUCGUGUAUCGAUCAUCACUGAGCGAGGAGGAUAAGUCCCGGUGCGGCCACCCAGGUGAGCGAAACAGCUGGCCAAGGAUGGAGUUCAAGCAGCUGGUUGACACGGCGGAGAAGUGGUGCGCGGGCAACCCCUUCGAUCUCAUAUUCGCGGAAGAGUUCGACGAGAGACGCCUGGAUUUCUAUGCCGAACCGGGAAUCUCCUUCUAUGUCCUUUGCCCGGAUAAUGUGAAUGGCGGCGCCGACAAUUUUCACGUGUGGAGUGAGAGCGAGGAUUGCCUGCCCUUCCUGCAACUGGCCCAGGAUUACAUUUCCUCCUGUGGGAAGAAAACCCUGUUGGAGAUCCUGGACAAGGUCCUCAGAUCCUUCAGGCCGCUCCUGGGCUUACCGGACAUGGAAGACGACGCCUUUGAGGAGUAUCACGCCGACGUGGAGGAGGAGCCAGAAGCUGAUCACCCGCAGAUGGGUGUUAGCCAGCAGUAACCAUAUCCGUGCAGGGCUGGGUGGAGGCAGAAUGCCUCAGGCCCCGCCCCCAUCUCCCCCCCACUCACAUUCUCACCCAUACAGACAUAGAACAGACCCAAAGGCCCUAAUAUGCUUCAGUUCCUUGAGUUCUUCACUCCAUUUAUAAUUCACUCUGUCCUUUGCUGGGAUUUCGGAGGAACAAUGGAUGCAGCUCCCAUUAUUCCCAUCAACUGGUCACAUGUCGUGGUGUUGGCAGAGGCUGACGGCUGAUUGGAUGCUUGUCCUGCAUGUGACUCACAGAUCCAUUCAGCUGCUUGUUCUGGUUCUAGAACAUUCAGCUGUUUGGGUGUGAACAGCCGAGUGCUGGAAUAUGAUUUUGCGGCAUUCAGUUUGUCUGGCUGGGCUUGUCGAACCGAACAGCUGAAAAACACUUUGAGUUGUAUCGAAUUAAAUAAUAUGUCGAGAAACUGAAUAACUAAGAUAUUAUUUGGUGGCUGCUGGCCUUUUGUUACCUGCAGAGAGAGAUGCAUGAGAUGAAUGGCAUCCUUCCAGUUCUCCCUGUACAUCACUUCCUGUUCUGCUUUGUAGAUGUAGUGCUCUGGAGUUCUUCUCCACAGUGCCAUGGCUUUUCUGAUGCCGUGUCAUCAGCGGACCUCCCGCCUAGAUUCAGGUGUCCAUCUUGGGCACCCACCCUUUGGGGCAGGUGGAGGGAAGAAGGUAUUUAUUUGGUCAUUCAGUUAGUGACUCGUCACUUUCAGGAGCCCACGCCUGGGAUUCCGCCAGGGCCCCAGCGUAUCUGUACCGGCGGAUGCUCGUGGAGCCCGGAGGUGAGCUCCGUGGCCCCCUUCAGGAAGAUUCAGGAAUUAUCCAGCUGCGCUUCUCGCUCCGCUUUCAUCUCAUUCCGCCGUUCUUUUGACUCAUGAUCAAAAACUCCAGAUUCAGAGCACUUGCUAUCAGAAUUUUAAUCAGUGUGAGAGCAGAAAACGAUCUGUAGAGGUUACUGUCAUUUGACUUUGUAAUGAGAGACCCGCCGGGGGUUGGGGGGGGGUCCUGGUUACGUGGAUCAGUGUCAUGCUUCUGCACAACUUCACUGCAAUAAACCCCUAGGGCUGGUCCCCACCCCCUGCGGAUGCUGACGUGCCGCAGCACGCCUCGGUACAAGCCUGUCUGCAUUCCUGGACACUCAUACUUCUUGCGCCUGGCCACCUUGUACUUUGAUGCCAGGCCUGAGGUGGCGCUGUAGAGCAAAGUGUCUUAGGUUUAUGAUGUGUGACAUGGCUGUUUUAUUGAGAAUUACUAUUUUGCCAAAAUUAAUCAUGCAUUUUAUGCUUAGAUUAUGCAAGGACAUGGACAGGUAUAUGGCGUUGGAGUUACUAUUUUUUUGUGCAGUCUUAGGAGUCUUAAUCCCGUAACGAGGAAUUCUUGAGUCCCUCAUUGAGCCCUUCUUCAGAUCCAGUAGCCACGGUUGUUUUCAGUCUGUCCAAAGAGGGUAGAAAAGAUGUUCACAUGCAACCUUUAGUCUGAUCUCCUUUCUGACUUUCUGCUUAACCUUCUCCCCCGGCUAAUUAUUGAUUAUAUUAAUUAUUACACUGACAUCACAGAACGGACCAUCCACAUUAUUUCGAAUGUGCUUGGCUUUUCUAAUGAAAAUUAUACCACAACUGCCGCUUGCUCUGUGGCACGUCCUCAGCAGGUGGAAACCAGCCCUUGGAGUCCGGCAGCUACAUGAGUGGACCUGAAAUCUGACCUUUGACCCCAUCUGCAGGCUGAGAGCCUAGCACUCGGCACUGGGGGUACGUGCGGAGUAGAUCUCACAUGUUAGUGAGUUAGUGAGUUGUGGGAAUGACCAGGAACAACAGCAGAUGGCAUUGAGGUUAAGGAUGCAGAUGUAACCAAAAGGCUACCGGUAGAAAUCAGUAGAAUAUCCAGCUGGCUGCAAUAAAACUGUAAGGAAACAAGAAUAACUGCUGCACAUAUGCAAGCUGGGUCUGGUGGUCGGUCCAUCUGUCUGUGAUUUGGCAGAACAUUCCGGUUCACGGGGGCUGUGCCCUGCCACUGCAUUACUCUGUUAUUCCAUUUAUAGGUUAAGCCACGGUUCAUUGUUUCGUCAAUCGAUGAAAUACCCCGGGCUUCUAUAUUUUUGUUUUGGCUGGAAAUUAGGCCACACCCCUCCCUGCAUUUUCAAAAGCUCCUCCAAGGUCAGGACACUGACACUCGAGCACCGAAGAGCUGUGCCUUCAUUGUUCCUCUGAAUAUACCCAGGGGUGAAGGACUGAGUCGCUUUGCAAUAGUCGUUAACAAAGAAAAACACGAUUUCCAGCAUUCACACGAUGUCAGUUUUUCUUUUUGAUGUGCCACAGAAGAACUGCUGCGAGAGGAUAACACGUGCGAGUUCAGCCUUAACAGAUAAACCAGUUUAAAAAAAGAAGCAAGGCUUCGUUGUCAGAGUAUUUUUUCUUCACUUAUCGACUUGAAUGCCACUGUACACAGACGCGCACUGUGGAGGCAGACAGAUUCCUCUUCCUGGAGGUCGCUAGGUACUCACACCAUACAUCAGUCAAUCUUCCAUACAAUAAAUACACUUCAGCUGCUGAGAAAAGUUCCCGGGAAUGUCGCAGUGAUGGCAGGGCGAUGCCACUAGACUGUCACUUGUUAUCUGGGACUCCGUGUCACCUACCUGACCUCGUCACUUGUUAUCGCUUAAGUCCUAGGGUCCUAACCCUAACCCCGCCCCAUUUCCCUCAGCUCAGAUCGUCUUCCCUGUCACGCCCGCUGCACUGCACACCAGAGGCGCACCAGAUCCGCUGAAAUCUGCCACGAUUUCUCUCCGAGCUGCUGCCGCUGCUACCCUUUUUUAUUUCUCCUUUGGUUUCCGACUUUUGCCGUCGGACUUCUCGGGAGACGCCGCCGCUCUUGAGUGAGGCGUCUCCCCGCGGCUUUUGAGAACCUGAACAGCACUAGGGCUCAUCUGUGCGAUUCCACCUGCGUUCGCUUCCUCGGACGUUUCUGUUUCUUCGUUUGUUUGUUUUUCCUUGUGCAUUUUGUUUUCUACGACAGUGUGAAUCUCAAGUUUAAAAUACAUGUUGGAAAAAAAUGUUCAGUUUCUGUGUGUGUGUGUGUGUGUGUGUGUUUUGAGGAGGACUUCCUUGCUUUGAUUAGGCUGAAGCUUGAAUUAAAUCAGCACUGCAAUCCG